UUUGCUGACGAACCGAAAGUGAAAGCAGCAGCGGGAGUCUGAGGUUGUGUUGCGCCGCUGUGUGCGUAUUUGCCCCGGACUGUAGGAUGGAUCAGACCGAGUAUCCGCCGCCCGUCACCGUGGAGGGGGACUGGGGUCCGACCCAGACCAAGACCGUGAAGAACAAACUGCAGCUUUACUUCCAGAGCAAGAAGAAGUCCAGCGGAGGAGAGUGCCGGGUGGAGGUGGAGGACGGAGCCCCGAGAGCCGCCGUGUUCUUCAGAUCAGAGGAGGUGAGAGAGCGAGUCCUCGCGAGGCCGAACCAUGAGAUCACCGUGGAGAGUCAGAGUCUCAGGCUGAGGCUGGUUUCUGCAGCAAGCCAAACAACCAACACUGACGGCAUCUCAGAUUCAUCCACAGAGUCAAAGGCUCAGAGGUCAGAAGCUGAAGCUGAAGGUGAAGCUGAAGCUGAAGCUGCAGAUGGAGCUGCAGCAGCAAACAGCCACGACUCAGAGUCUGUUCCCUGUGUUGCUGUGCUGCUGGAGAACGUGUCAGACAACAUGUGCAGAGAUCUGCUGUCGAUGCUGGUGGAAAACAUCUCGGGUUUGGACGAUGGAAGCUUCAGUCUGGAGAUCAUCUGGGAAUCGAACAGGGCCGUGGUCACCUUCAACAAGCCUGCAGAUGCAGAAAGGUUCCUCGCUGUGAGCCAGACCAGCAGGAAGAUGCAGAAACACGGACUGACCGCUCGACCACUGCAGGCAGCAAAGAGCAUCCGAGUGGAGAACCUCCCCCCGACCGUGGUCAAAGACCUGUUGGAGCUGUAUUUUGAGAAGACCUGGACUCAGCCGGACGACGUCGCCAUGAUCCCAGAUGAACAGGCUGCCAUUGUCACUUUCAGUGACCCCAAAGUUGUGAAAAGCAUUUCCACAAAAGAAGACUACAUGAUAGGCUCCAUCCCUGUCAAGGUGUAUCCAUACCACGAGCUGCUGGGCACCGCCUUGUAUGGCAAAGACCGACCAACAUGGAAGAUGCCGGAGCCUUUCACAGAGACCGUUCACGUCGCUGUCCGGAAAUUCCUCCUGAUGAAGAAACAGUUAGAAGGCAUCAAUGAUCAGAUGCGUCCGUACUUCUGCAGUGUGGACUUGGACAGUCCUGAGGCGAAGCUCAGCCCUCUCCCCAGCUUUCUGAGGCAGAAAGGUCUGACUGCCAAACAUGUUGAUAACUGGAUGAGUACUGCCCAAGAGGCCUUCAAUAAGCAGAUGUCUCAAUAUUCAGCCUUUGAAUGUCCAGCAAGUGCACCUGCAUGGGAAGCUGCAGAGAAAGACGUCCGUUCAGUUGUUGGGGAAGCUGCUGUCCUGAUGCUGGAUGCAUCCAGGGGGACUUUGACCGUGGCUGGACGAACUGACCAUAUUAAACAAAUCAGGGCUCCUGUGGAAAACAUUGUUCUUAAAGCCAUGAUUCAGAUCGAACGGCAGAUGAAUGGCGUCUCUGAGGGUAUUACUUUGUCCCCUGCAAUGUUCUACAUCCUGAAGCAGGAUGGACUACAGAAAGUAGCAUUCAACAUUUCCCCUGAGAUGAAGGUCUCCUACAGUGAAGCCACCCAGACUUUAACCAUUUCAGGACUCCCUGCAGAGGUUUUCAAGACUAAAGCAUGGAUCCUGGAGAGGAACGUGCAUAUGAGUAAAAAACAGCUGUAUCUCCCCCAGUGCCUUCUAGACUUUCUGAAGACAGUGGAUCCCAUGGACAUGUCACAGGACCUGUUCACAUCCCAGGGGAUCAGUGCCAUCUACAGCAUUGACCAUAAAGGGGUUUUACUGUUGGGGAGUUCUGACAGCAUCCUGACUGACGCAGAGAGCAGGAUGAAGAUGGUUUUGUCCAUUCACACUCUGGAUGUGGAAGACCAGGACGUUCUGAAACUUCACAACUGGGUGGACCUGAAUCAACAACUCCUGGACGCCUACAACUCCUCAAAGAAGAAAACAGUGGCCAUUCAGAUCCACCCAGAGACAAGAGACAAAAUAACGGUGGUUGGUUUUGUGAAUCCAGUGAAAGAGGUCAGUCACAGCCUGAGGGAAUUCAUUGUGAACUACUCUCGAGUUCAAGAAACCGUUCGUGUCAAGUCCUGUGCUGUUGUUCAGUUUAUUGAUAAGAAAAAAUCCCAUGAUUGCUCCAGUAUUGUCAAAGCUUAUGACGUGAGAAUCCAUUUGGAUUCAGAGAGGCCAAGAAUCAUCGUCGCCGGGGCUCGUCUCCACGUUCAGAAAGCCAGAUCCUGCCUUCUGGAACUGACUAACGCUCUCUUCACUGACAACUUCAUCGUAGACAAGCCUGGAGCUAAGAAGUAUUUCCAGUCUCAAGGAAGCUUGUUCCUGUCUACAAUGAUGACAGAGUUCAGCUGUGUGGUGAUGCUUCGUCCAGAGUAUCAAGAGGAAGAAGAGGAGGAAGAGAACUACGAGGAAGAAAGUGGCCUUUGUUACUGCAAAGUGCAGACCAGCAGUAGAGUUGUGGUUUCAGUUAGCAAGGCGGACAUCUGUAGCCUCAGCGUUGACGCGGUGGUUAAUGCAGCUAAUGAGGAAUUGCAGCACAUUGGUGGCGUGGCUUUGGCACUGCUCAAGGCUGCAGGACCACAGCUGCAGAAAAUCAGCAACGACUACAUCUCCAAAAAUGGACAUCUACGCCCAGGUGACGCCAUCACCACAGAUGCAGGUAACCUGCCUUGCAGGUACGUCAUACAUGCAGUUGGUCCACGGUUCUCUGACUCUGACAAGAGGACGUCGGUGUCACGUCUGAAGCUUGCUGUUAAAGAAAGUUUGAAACAGGCAGCAAUGGUGAACUGCUCCACCGUCGCCCUGCCAGCGAUCAGCUCAGGCGUGUUUGGUUUCCCUGUCGACCUCUGCGCUGAGACCAUAGCUCAGGCAGUGAGGGAGUACUGCGACAGUCCACAAGGUCCGGGAUCGCUGACUGGGAUUCACCUGGUGGAUAACAACAGUAACACCGUCAGAGUCCUGGCCGAAGCUGUCAACCAAGAAUUCGCUGACCUUGGACCUACUCUGACGAUACCACAGCACGCAGGCGGGAAAGGCACUGGGCCUUCAGGUGGAAAUCAGCAAGGUCGAGGUCGAGGUCAGAGUCAGUCUCCCAGGGGCCGUUGGUUUGGUGAACGAGGAGGAGGACGAGGAGGAGGACGAGGACGAGGAGGAAGAGGAGCUGGAUACCGUGGAGGCCUACAGGCUCACAGGGGAGGUCAGAGCCCCAGGGGACACACCAGGCCUGGAGGACACGGAGGGCCGGGGAGGAUGGAGCAGGCCACAGCUGAGGGUGUGAAGAUUGUUCUCUGCAGGGGAAACAUUCAGGACCAGACUACCGAUGUCAUCGUCAACACCAUCUCAGAGAACAUGAAUCUGAACCAGGGAGCCGUCUCCAAAGCGAUCCUGGAGGCGGCCGGGUCCGGCCUGCAGUUAGCGGUCCGGUCUGAGGCCGGGGCGGCCACGCUGCAGCACGGCAGCGUCGUCAUCACCGACGGCUUCAAACUCACCUGUCGGAAAGUCUUUCAUGCUGUUUGCCCUUUUUGGGACAACGGAGGAGGACAGGCAGAGGAGGUGUUAAUAACCAUCAUCAGAUAUUGUCUGGAGGAGGCUGAGAAGCAUAAGAUGGUGUCGCUGUCCUUCCCGGCCAUCGGCACAGGAAACCUGAGCUUCCCCAGAGACGUGGUGUGCAGGGUCCUGCUGAGGGAGAUCCACUCGUACAGUCGCAAGACGAGUCCUCGCCACCUGAGAGAGGUGGCCAUCGUCGUCCACCCCAGUGACAACCACACCGUGGAUUGUUUCAUCAGGGAGUUCAAAGGUCAGACUGGUCAGAGAAACGUCCAACAUGAGGUGCAGGACUUAAAGGAGUCACCAGGGCAGCAACCAGCCAGCCAAUCACAACAGGCCUCAGCCUCCUUCGGCCCUGUGUUGUCCCCCUCCCUCGGUGUGUAUCAGAUGCAGAUGGGUCAUCUCACCCUCGAGGUGUCGUCAGGAGACAUCACCAAGGAGGCCACUGAUGUCAUCGUCAACUCGUCCAAUAAAGACUUCACCCUGAAAUCAGGAGUGUCCAGGGCCAUCUUAGACGGAGCCGGAUCAGGAGUCGAGGCGGAGUGCUCAAACAUUGUGAAUUCUCCAGGUUACCAGCCUCGUCACAUGAUCGUAACAUCAGCCGGACUCCUGCCCUGCAAACACAUCAUCCACAUCGUCGGCCAGAAAGAUCCUGCAAACAUCAAGGAGAUGGUUUACUCAGUGCUGAGGGUCUGUGAGGAAAACAGGCUCAGCUCCGUCUCCUUCCCAGCUCUGGGAACAGGUCAGGGAGGGGCCCAUCCCUCGGCGGUGGCAGACGCGAUGGUCGAAGCGGUGGUGGAGUUUGUGAGGAAGAAGCACCCGGCCUUCGUUCGCAGCGUGAAGAUCCUGAUCUUCCAGGCGGUCAUGAUGACGGAGUUCCACAAGAGCAUGAAGAGGAGAGAGGGAGAGGAGGUGGAGGAGAAGAGCUUCCUCACCAAGAUCAAAGACACUGUUACUUCAUUUUUCACGGGAUCUGGGGACGAGCGGUCCGGCACCGAUGGCGUGGAUCUGGAGGGGGAGGAGUUUGAGCCGACGGUGUUUCAGCUGUGUGCUGACAACGAAAAGGCCGUGAGCCUGGCUAAGAAAAAGAUACAGGAGCUGAUUGUGGCCGAGCAGGCGGAGAGUUCCAUCACCGACCCGUUCAUUAGUCAGCUGUCGCAGGCCGACAUGGACGAGCUGAGGGCCCUGCAGAGGAAACUGACGGUGAGCAUCCGUCUGGACAAGGGGCUGGAGGACCAGGAGCCCAGAAUCCAUCUGGAGGGCCUGACCAGGGACGUCGUCCUCGCUGAGUCAGCAGUCAGGGACAUCAUCCGGAGGGUGGAGAGGAUGGAGAACAGGAAGAGCAAGGCCUUGCAGCUGAGCGGGGUGGUAGAAUGGCAGUUUCAGGACCACAGUGGGAAAAUGGUGACCUUCGACAUGUACACCAACCUCAGCCUGGAGGAGGCUCUGGAGAAAAAACAAAGCGUGAAGAUCAAGAUCAGCGAAGAAACGUACACCGCUAAGGUCACGCUCAGAAAAGCAGUUUCUGCAAAGGGACGUAAAGAGGUGGAGCUGCUUCGAAAAGACCUGAAAGACGACGCUGCUCUGCCUGUGCACUGGGACGACAUGAAGGGCGACCUCAUGAAGACGUUUCCUCUGGCGCCGGGACAGAAGGAAUACAGCGAGGUGGAGAAGGAGCUCACAAAGACCGGUCUCACUGCAAACAUCAUCAGUAUUGAACGGGUCCAAAAUGCAACGCUGUGGCAAAGUUACCAGCUCAUGAAGAAACAGCUGGAGAAGAAGAACAAACACAACAACAACGAAAAGCUGCUCUUUCACGGCACUGCUGCCAGCGCCAUCGAACUCAUCAACAACAAGGGCUUCAACCGCAGCUACGCCGGGACUCACGGUGCGAUGUAUGGUAAUGGCUCUUACUUUGCUGUGGACCCUGCCUACUCCGCACGGGGCUACGCCCAGGCCGACGCCAGCGGACACAAGCGCAUGUACCUGGCCAGGGUCCUGGUUGGAGACUGCACCCAGGGAAGAAGUGGCCUUAUCACCCCUCCCUCCAGAAGCUCUGGGAAUGCUGCGGAUCUGUUUGACAGUGUUACUGAUAACAAGGCCAAGCCGACCAUGUUCGUCGUCUUCAGUGACGUCCAGGCGUACCCAGAAUACCUCAUCACAUUUACAUGAACUGCCAUGACGAUGAGAUGGUGUCACGUGUCUUUGACACAAACUAACAUAAACUAACAUCGUCGGGGCCAUUAGUCAUUUUCUUAAGUUUCCACUCAUGAAUAAAUGCAGAAGAAAUUAUCAUUAAGAUUCAGCAAGAAAUUAAUAAAAAAUAAAAGCAUGUAAACCUUAAAUAUAUUCAAACUGUUCUUUCCCUCAGCAGUUUCACAUCGUGUUGUUCUGGAACAGAGUUUGAAAGAUGUGAGAGGAGCACUGUCAGAUCAGAACCAGGUCCAUCGACAUGGUGAACGUUACAUUACAUGUGUUUGGAAAUGUGAACAAUGUUUUUAUCAACUCUGAUGAAGUGUGAAGUGAUGUCUGGGGUUAACCAGCUGACCCAGAUCACAUGACUGACAAAUCAGUGUAAAACUGCCUGAGUGUUUCUUUGGUUAACGGGAUUCUCACACUCUACAGCAGCUGUGUUGUUGGUAACAAAUGGAAAAUGGUGUUUUCAUUCUGAGAUGUAAUAUCUGUGCUACAGCUUCACCAACUGAGGGAGUCAGACUGCAGUCACAGAGCACAGCUACUCAUUUAUACUUACACACUGUUAGAGAUAAAUAUCUAAUAAAAACUAGAGCUGC